GAGAAUACGGGUGCAGGAAACGUGAACUGUUGGCUGCUGCCUUGAUUUUGUUUUGAGCGUAGACAUUUGUUUUGCUAUCUUUUAAAACAUAAUGGACGGAGAUAGACCUGCCCAACUUAUCAAGAAAGAGGUGAAAGUGAGUAAAGCGAGGUAUCGCCUUGAUGCCACACUCCAAUCCCUCGUCGACAAGAAGGAAGACAGCAGUGAAAGUGAGGAGGAGAGUGAUGAUGAUGUGGGUGGGGUGAUGGUGACCGUCCCCGUUGUGCGCACCUCCGGUUCCCCUGCAGCCUCUCCCAGCAAGCGUGGAGGCUACGUACGUGCCUACAGGAAACGCAAGCGCAAGCAUGCUACUGUGGACAGCAGUGAACCAGGGGCUAAGAACUUCCAACCCAAUCAGUCGUCCUAUAUCAUGAAGCUGUUUGAUCGGACUGUGGACCUGGCCCAGUUCAAUGAGAAGACCCCACUGUAUCCAAUCGCCCGGGCGUGGAUGAACAACAGUGUCUCUACACAGGAACCCAGUAUUGAGCCUGAAACUGACAAGAACGAACCGAAGGACCCAAGCUGCCUGUAUAAGAUGCCCCUACCCCUGCGGUUGAAGGUGGAGACGGGAGCGAGCAGGAACCUGCGGAUACCGGCCCCAAUCCCACAGGACGAUGAGCCCCUUGACAUCAAUAAGGACCCAGAUACAGGACCACCCCCAGAGCAGCUCCUGCUACGCCACUUGGAGCGAUGGAAAGCUGUUAGGGAGUCGUGGAUUGAGGCAGCCCACGUCAAUGAGCUACGCUUCAACAACAGUAUGACCAUCCUCAAAGACAUGUAUGAGCGUAAUCUCAAUGACCAGAACUUCGAAUGAUUGUCAGACCUCCUCACCCUGCCUCGCUACCAUAUGUGUUCAACAACUGAUCACAUGGCAACAUCGCCUGUUCAUAUGUGUACACAAAUUACACUAGCUGUGCUUCACUUCUAUGUGACUACUUUAAAGCUCAAAGGAAAUGGAGACUUAUAAAGGUCAAAGCCUGGAAUAUUGUGAAGUCCUGCAGUCUGCACUUACUGCUCACUGACCAACUGUUUAAACACUUUUGAUCUGCACUACUAUAACAUGUAAUGUUUAUAUAUACACUCAUUGUUUGCAUAGAUUCUCAUUGUCACAGAUAUAUAAUGGUAAUAAAGCGUCAUUUGACCCAUUUUA